CCUCGGGUGGCAGCUGAGCCACUCCUUUCCAUUUAGGCAUCAAAUCCAUCUCCCCUGUCGCUUCCAACCCCCUUCCGCUCCCCCUCCCCCCCCUUUCUCUUUAUUUCCUCCCAUCGAUCUCACACCAACCCAACCUUCUCAUUCUCUCUGUCGCUUCCCGCACGCCGCUUCCCUUCACAGCUGGGAAUUUAAUAGCAUGGACGAGAUCGUGGUGCGGAGAGUGAUCCCCUCAGAUAAUAGCUGCCUCUUCAAUGCUGUCGGGUACGUCAUGGAACACGACAAAACCAAAGCUCCAUAUUUGAGACAGGUUAUAGCUGCAGUUGUGGCAAGUGAUCCAGGAAAAUAUACUGAAGCUUUUUUGGGGAAGCCAAAUAAUGAAUAUUGUGCAUGGAUUCAGGAUCCUGAUAAAUGGGGCGGUGCUAUAGAGUUGUCUAUUCUGUCAGAGUACUAUGGUCGUGAAAUUGCAGCUUAUGAUAUACAAAGCACUCGAUGUGAUCUGUAUGGUCAGGGGAAGUCUUACCAAGAAAGGGUCAUGCUCAUCUAUGAUGGUCUACAUUAUGAUGCACUAGCUAUGUCACCAUUUGAAGGGGCACCUGAAGAGUUUGAUCAGACCGUAUUUUCUAUAAGAAGUGACCGUUCCAUUGGGCCCGUGGAGAACCUUUCUCUUAAUCUUGUUAAGGAUGCUCAUAGGAAGAGAAGUUACACAGACACUGCCAAUUUUACAUUACGCUGUGGAGUAUGCCAAGUUGGUUUGACCGGCCAGAAGGAGGCGAUCGCACAUGCUCAAGCUACAGGCCACGUUAAUUUUCAAGAAUAUAGGUAAAUGAUGAAGCUUGUGUGACGAGUUUCUGUCAGCUUAUUCCUUGGGUCAUCUCAUUACUUCCAACUCAUACUGGCGUCUGAGGAGUAAGAAGUCAAAUUAUUGGACUGAAUUUGCUGUCAUGAUGAUCAGAUGGAAUUUGAUCUUUGUUGUAAACUAAUAUAUAUGUGAAUUUCUUGUUUAACAUCUUUGUGCCUUGUUCUAAAGACAGUACAGCAACCAAUUGAUUCAUGGCAAUAUUGUUACA